AGACUUGUGCCAAACUUUCAGAGCAAGGGGAUGAAGCACUACAUUGCAGCAGAGUUUAACCCUUCAACAGAAAUCACUGGUGGAGCGUGGUAUACUGAUGGCAGUCUUGAUUCCGAUUUUAUAGGUGUUCUAAAAGCUACAUGUCUAAAGUUUGUACCAAAUCUAAAGGUUGCUACACUGGAGGGAUUUGUGGAGGCUGUCAAAAAAAGUAGAGUUUCACAGGUUGAAUUGUCAAAGAAGCAAAUUGAAGAGCUUGUUGAGUCUUUGGUUUGUGAUAAUGAGCUGAUGAAAGUGAAGAGUACGGGAAUUGGGGAGUUUGCAUCUAUUCCAGUUGGGAAAGUUUGUUAUAAACGCAUUGAUAAAGGCAAUAGAGUUAGCGGAGCAAUGGCUUCCAUUCCAUGUGGAGUUUGUCCACAGAUAAGUAUCUGCACUCCUGAUGGUAUAGUGUCCCCCAAAACCUGCGUCUACUACAAUACCUGGUUAGAUUUUUAGCUCAACAGCAUCUUUCUAUUAUCUUUAUGCUGUGAUUUUGGAAAACCUAGGAACAACCUUUUUUUUCUUUUUUCUUUUCUUGGGAAUGUUAUGUGUGGUCUUAGUUCAACUAUUUUCAUUUUGAGACGUGGUGGAGCCUUUGCGGCAUCUAGAAUCAAGAAGAGCACUAGGAAAAGUUGUCAUCUCUCCUUUACCUGUCUUUGAUAAAAGAUCAUCAAAUUUAAUCUUACCCUAACCGUCUUUGAUUAGGAAGGAAUAGGCAGACUCCUAGUCUCCAAGUAAGUAUAAUUUAUGGGCAUUACAGUUUAAAAACAUAAACUUAUAUUGCUAUU